AGAUCAAGUUACUGCCUGGCAGGAGUCAAAAGCCGGAUAAAAAGAGAAAGUUUUGCACUCAGGAGCCAGCCCUCCAGAAGCAGACAAGGGAGCACUGUAACAGGCAGUGUGAGCACAAUCCGUGUAUAAUCGGUUCCUAUACAGAGGUGUUUUAUCGCGAUGGCUGCCGGACGCGAUGGAGUGAUCCAUUUAUUGAGACAACUGCAGCGAGCAUCAUGCAGGUGUCCGGCUCAUUCUCACACUUAUUCUCAAGCUCCAGCUACUGCAAGAACAACAGACUAUGCAUUUGAGAUGGCAGUCUCAAGCAUUCGAUAUGGAGAAAAUGUUACCCAGGAAAUUGGCAUGGACUUGCAGAAUUGGGGAACCAGGAAUGUCUGUGUGAUGACUGAUAGGAACCUUUCAGAGCUCUCCCCUGUAAAGGCUGUAUUAAAUUCACUAGUAAAGAAUGGCAUCAACUUCAAAUUAUAUGACAGUGUUCGGGUGGAACCAACCGAUAAAAGCUUUAUGGAUGCUAUUGAGUUUGCUAAGAAAGGACAGUUUGAUGCCUUUGUUGCUGUUGGAGGAGGUUCUGUAAUUGACACAUGCAAAGCUGCCAACUUGUAUUCUUCCAGCCCUGAUUCUGAUUUCCUGGAUUAUGUCAACCCUCCAAUAGGGAAAGGCAAAGCAGUGACUGUGCCUCUUAAACCACUUAUUGCAGUCCCAACCACAUCUGGAACCGGAAGCGAGACAACAGGAAUUGCUAUAUUCGACUAUGAAGAACUAAAAGCCAAAACAGGUAUUGCAUCUAGAGCUAUUAAGCCCACUUUAGGUUUGAUUGACCCAGCACACACACUUUCUAUGCCUGAAAGAGUAGUUGCAAACAGCGGUUUUGAUGUAUUGUGCCAUUCCCUUGAGUCCUACACUGCCCUUCCAUAUAACAUGCGCAGCCCCUGUCCUACCAACCCAAUUAACCGUCCAGCUUAUCAGGGGAGCAACCCUAUUAGUGAUGUUUGGGCUAAACACGCCUUGAGGAUCGUAGCCAAGUUUUUAAAGAGAGCCGUAAGGAAUCCCGAUGACCGUGAAGCUCGGUUCGCCAUGCACUUGGCAAGUUCAUUUGCAGGAGUAGGCUUUGGAAAUGCUGGGGUACAUCUUUGCCACGGAAUGUCGUACCCUAUUGCAGGACAUGUGAAGACUUACAGAGCCAAAGAUUACAAAGUGGAUCAUCCAUUAGUGCCCCAUGGCCUUUCUGUUGUUCUCACAUCUCCGGCAGUAUUUUCAUUCACAGGAUUAAUGUGUCCUGAGCGACACCUGGAGGCAGCAGAAAUUCUGGGAGCUGACCUCCGGACUGCCAAAAUCAAAGAUGCUGGGCUUAUCCUGGCAGACACGCUACGGAAAUUUCUGUAUGACCUGAAUGUUGAUGAUGGUUUGGCAGCUGUAGGAUAUACUGCUGAGGAUAUACCGGCCUUGGUGAAAGGAACUUUGCCCCAGCAAGGGAAAGUACAGAUAAAAGCUGCAAAUGUUCUCUUCGUUGUAGGAACGAGUAACAAAGCUGUCUCCUCGAGCACAUUCUGAAGAGGAACUAGCUGCGUUGUUUCAGGCUUCAAUGAAACUUUAUUGAUAAUGUGCACAUUGGUUGUCGAUCCAUUCAAGAACAUGCAAGUAAAAAUAUUACCUCUAAUAAAAUUGGGGUCUUGUA